GAUGAGUUUAGUAAUAACCGUCGUGACACUGAUUGUAUGUUUGAUCCGACAUGUUUACUGGUCUGAUUGAACACCUUGGAACAGUGUCUGCCAUCCACCGCGACGAUGGAGGUUGUGCUUUAACCAUAUCACAGUCGGCACCUAUCUUAGUCGACUGUCACGUUGGUGACUCGAUAGCCGUUAAUGGAGCCUGUUUGACAGUCGUCGAAUUCAACGUCGAGCGUGAUGGAGGGUAUUUCAAAAUAUGGCUAGCCAACGAGACCCUCAGCAGGACUGAUCUGGGUAAUCGCAAGGUUGGUGACCAGGUGAACCUGGAGCGUGCUAUGGGUGCCCAUGUUCGAUUCGGUGGUCACUUCGUGCAGGCUCAUGUUGAUACAACUGCGAUCAUUCUCAGGAGAGCUCCUGACGGUGAUUCGUUGCGUCUUUUGCUCCAACUUCCCGAGCCAACCGCAGAAAGACCUUCUCUUCUUCCUUACAUCAUUCCUAAGGGUUAUGUCACUAUAGAUGGUGCAUCCCUCACCGUUACUUCUGUCGAUGAUGCCGAGAGAACGUUCGGCAUUAUGCUUAUCCAACACACUCAGCAGAAGAUUACCUUGGGAAGAAAGGGCGAUGGCGAAAGGGUAAAUAUUGAGGUUGACAUGGUGGGCAAGUAUGUAGAAAAGAGCGUGUUGGCUGCUCUGGAGGGUGGUGGUGGGGAAGCCAUGCGGACCUUUGUCCAGAAGAUUGUGGAGGAAACGCUCGUUAACAAGGGAAUUCUACCUCCUGCCUAGACCAACAGCUUCCUAUUAUCCUCCUGUUCAACGUCAAAUGAUCAAGUAUACAUUGCCCUAGUAAAGUCACGUUAGUUUCAUUGAUAAGUAUUACUCGGCUAUUGAAGCAAAUACAUCCGACAGUCGAUGUCCGAUAUUGACC